AUGGCGUCGCAGAUUCCCUACGAGACAUACCAGGCCUCGGCCACCUAUCUGAAGUCGCAAAUCGGCGACUUUGCCCCCACCAUUGGCAUCAUCUGUGGCAGCGGUCUCGGCACGCUGGCUGACACGCUUCGAGGGCUCGCACUGGUCGAGGGCCACAAGGGGCAGCUUGUGUUUGGCACGCUGGCUGGCAAGUCCGUCGUGUGCAUGCAGGGCCGGUUCCACUGCUACGAGGGCUACUCGGUGCAGCAGGCGACCUUCCCCGUGCGCGUCUUCCACCUGCUGGGCGUCAAGACCCUCCUGGUGACCAAUGCCGCCGGCGGCGUCAACCCGGCCUAUGAGAACGCGCUCAUCGGCCCCAAUAUCCCCGAGUUCGGCGUCCGCUUCCCGUCAAUUUCGGAUCUCUACACGCCCAGCCUGCGCCGCACAGCUGCCAAGGCGUUCCUGCAGAACAAGCGGCUCAGGGAGGAGCGCGGGUUCCGCGUCCACGAGGGCAUCUACGCGUGGUGCUUUGGCCCGUGCUUCGAGUCGCGCGCCGAGCUGCGCGCGCUGAAGACCCUGGGCGCCGAUCUCGUCGGCAUGAGCACUGUCCCCGAGGCCGUUGUCGCCAAGCACUGCGGCAUGGAGGUGCUGGCCAUGUCGCUGGUCACAAACAAGUGCGCCGAGCUGCGCGGAGAGACCCUGGAGGUUGUCCAGGAGGUGUUCCCGCACCACGAGGAGGUCAUGGCCGCCGCUGCUGCGCGCACCCCCGACAUCCAGGAGUUUGUUCGCUCGGUUAUUCGCGAUAUUUAG